UUUAGUUGCACAUAGAAUAAGUUAAACAAGUCAGACGUUGUUGUGUGUAUGAUUUGGUGUGAAGUGUCGCAAUCGUUGGUACAGCGAAAAAAUGACACAAACACAGAUACGGGAAAACAAAGCUCCGAUCAGCAGGACGAGAGUCGUCGGUUCACAGGUGUUAGCAUGCCUGGCGCUGGACCUGCUGCUGGUAGGGCUCGGCAUGUCCAUCAGCUUCGUGACAAUGGUCCUGCCAGAAGUACUGGACGCCAAGGAGGGGCUCUCUAUCAACGAGAAACAAGCCUCAUGGUUUGGUGGAAUGGCGUUCCUCUGCCAGCCGCUCGGGAGUAUAUUCUCCGGACCGAUCCUAGACCAUUUCGGACGAAAAAAGGCCCUGUUUCUGGUUAACAUACCUCACUUGAUCGCGUGGCUGCUCAUGUACUACGCCUGGAAUGUGCCCUCGUUGUUUAUUGCGAAUGCCUUGUUGGGCAUCGGUACGGGCAUCAUGGAAGCUCCUUCCAUUACAUACGUCGGUGAAGUUAGCGACUCGUCAGUAAGGGGGAUCCUGACGACGCUGACCAACAGUUUCACGUCUACCGGCAUGUUUCUGUCCUACCUCCUUGGUACAGUGCUGCCGUGGCGGCAGGCGGCGCUCGUGUCGCUCGCUGUACCACUAACCACCAUGCUGGUCGUGCUGUUUGUACCUGAGACUCCGAUAUGGCUGCUUUCCAAGGGGAGGCAGAAAGAGGCCCAGCGGUCGCUCUGUCAGCUGCGAGGAUGGUGCGAGCCAGAAGACGUCAAGGAAGAAUUCGACCAGCUCCUCAAAUACAACGACGCUAUCCACCAAUGUGUCAUAUGCCUUAAAGAAGACAAAACCGUCCUUCCGUGCGAACACAUGACGGCGCCUCUCAUUAAGAGGAUUGUACUUAAAUACAAGCACGUUUUUCUUGUGAAAGAAACUAUGAGACCGUUCGCCCUAGUGAUGGCAUAUUUCCUAUUCUACCUGUUUAGCGGACUCAUGCCAAUCAGGCCGAAUAUGAUUAAUUUCUGCAAGGCCCUUGGGAUGAAGUACGAGACGAAAACUAUCGUGGUUCUAGUCGGCGCAGUAUUCAUUGUCAUGAACUUGCUAUCAGCAGUAAUAGUUAAAUUAAUUGGCAAACGCAAGCUGGUCAUCGGCUCCCUGUCGGCAACAGCUCUUUGCAGUCUCCUCAUCAGCAUAUACGCGGGGACAAACCUGCCUCGAGACCUCUUCUCCUACGAGCCUCACACGUUCCCCGAGCCGACAGACACUCUCCCAGUAGUGCUCUUCAUGAUGCUCGUAUGCUUCACAAGUCUGGGAAUACCUUGGGUGGUGCUGUCUGAAGUGUUUCCAUUCAGGAGUCGCGGGAUGGCGACGGGCAUGGCUGCAGCGUUGAGUUAUGUCAUGCUCUUCGUUGCAACUAAGACUAACUACAACAUAGAGUCAGCAUUUCAUCUCAGUGGGGCAUUUACAAUUUAUGCCAUAUUUGGCUUCCUUGGUAGUAUGUAUCUAUAUUUCUACCUACCAGAAACUGAAAACAAGACAUUGGUAGAAAUAGAAGCCUUUUACAAGGGAAAUCGAAAGAUUUUCGCUGAUGACUUUUUGAUCAAUGCUUUCAAAAAGAAGUCAAGUAAUGAUGCUAAUGCUCCCAUGCUAGUCAAUUGAAAAUGUAAAAAAUAUUAGGGUAAUAAUUGAAAUUUUAGGAUAAUUAUAUGUAACCAUAAUGUUUAUUUCAAGAAAUUGUAUGAGGCAUCAUGUGUAAAAUGCCGAUAUGAUAAAAUAAAAUGUUUCGAUUGAGUUAUUAUUUAGUGUGUUGUAAUGUAAAUGUAAGGUUAACCGAAGUACCGUGACCAAAGCGAGUGGUGUUUUUUAUUUGCACCUUUGUUUUAAUGCACGAAACACAUUUUUUAUCAAACUACUUAAUGUUACGCUGUCCUUUAUCAUCCCGGUAGACCUUACGUCCAUGUUAUCAAUGGGUUAUUAAUAUGUAUGUAUUUUUAUACUGGCUAUUAAGCCCAUCUCUUAUG